AUGGAAAUAGUUGAGAAACCUGGACUUUGGGACGAAAAUGUUUCAAUGAAAUAUUCUGAGGAUGAAGAAACAGAAGAAAAAACAGAAAAAACAGAAGAAGAAACUGAAGAAAUUGAAGAAGAAACUGAAGAAACUGAAGAAGAAACUGAAGAAAUAGAAGAAGAAACUGAAGAAAUUGAAGAAGAAACUGAAUCAAUAAUAUUAGAACAAAAUGUGGAAUCUUCUGAUGCUUUAUCUUCUUCAGAUGAUGUCCCAAAAAAGGAUGAGAGAAAUGAAAAUGUUGAUAGUGAAGGAGAGGAAGAAACUGAUAUUAAUCUAACAUUUCCAAUAUCUAUUGACAAUGAAGAUUAUUGUGGAAUCACACUGGAUGAUGCCAUAAAAGAUAAAAAUUAUCCACUAAAUACCAAUUGGCCAAAUGAUAUUUAUCGAGAAUUUAUGGAAAUUGUUACAGAAUAUCAACUAUCAAAUUCAUGCGGUGAUAGAUUAAUUAAAUUAGUUAAUUCAAUCAACAAUAUUGACAAAAAUCUAUUACCAAAAACCACUAAAGAGGGACGAAGAUUCAUUGAUGAUAGUGAAUUUCCUUAUAUAAAAUUCAAAACAGUUCCUAUUACUAAUUUUCAGGAUGUUGAAUACUUUUUUCAUUACCAACCAAUAAUUAAUGAAAUCAAAACUUUACUUUUACAAUCUGACAUUAAUAAAGAAUUUGUUUUUCAAUAUCAGAAUAAUACUGUUAAAACAGCAUAUGGUGAGCAAUUUGAAGUGAUUGGUGGCAUAUCACAGAAAAAAAUAUUCCUAUUGAUAAUUAUUUAUUAUCAAUAA